AUGGAGGAUCAAGAUCUUACUAGCAAUGAGAAUCUCGAUAGAGCGUCCCCAGAACUUUGGCCUGAUCAAAGUGUUUCGGAAUUCAUAACAACAAGGCAGCCCGACCUGAGUAUCCAGACGCCAUCGAAGUAUAGGACGGACUUGGAUAAGGAAGACUUGGAGUUGAUACAUGAUUUUGGGAGCUUGUCAACGCAGCAGCUAAUGGAUAAAAUCAAGCACCUACAAAAUUUGGCCUAUCAACUUAUGUGUUCGCAUAACCUAAAUGGUACAUGUUAUAGGUGGAUGGACUGUGGUCUCGCUAAGGAUGUCAAAGAUCUUCUUACAUCCUUCCGGUCAUUUCGAUGUAUGAUCAUCACGAAAAUAUCAGGCUUAACCGACAAUGAUGACUCGAUGAAAGAUAUAAAGCAUUCAAACGCCGACCUAACUGAGAAGCAUAUCGACAACAUGAUGGCCCUUAACUGCGGUCAAGCUAUGCGACUGGUAGUUGUCCGCGGAGAAGAAAAACUUCCUGUGAUAAUUCCAGAGGGUGGCAAGGUCCACGACGUCUUUUCUGCUGUGGCGAAUGCGAUUGAUGAGAAGCUUCGUAAGGAAAAAGAAGAAUACAAAACGCUUGUCUCGCGGCUUGAUAAGCGCAACGCGGUAGCAAUAGCGAGAGCCUUCUCCUCUAAUCCGCCACCCGGUCGUCUGAAUUGGCGACGAUUCUGGAGGACGCACUGCCUUACCUCGAACGAAGUAACAUUGGCGAAUCGGGAUAUUCCGCUAAAUAAAAUUCCUGGAUUGGGAAACGGUGUCAUGCUUCGCUUCGUUCGACGAAAUAGGAAGAAGAAAUGA